AUGACGGACAAAGGCAACGAAAAAUCGAAAGAGGUUGAUGACAUCAUUCUAUUAGAAGACGAAAAUGACAACAAUUUGGACAAUGUCAACUUGGUGGAUGAUGGAAUUAUAGGAUUAGAUGGUGUGAUUGUGCCCGAGGUUGGAAUGAAGUUCAACGACGAAAAAGAAAUGUAUGAUUUUUACAAGAAAUAUUCGUAUGACGUAGGAUUUCCAGUUAGGAAAAGAAAAUCGCAAAAUGAUGAUGAUGGAGUAAUUAGAUAUGUUGUGCUUACAUGUAGCCAUGAAGGCCGAAGAAGUAGUACUAUAAUUGGUUCCUUAAAGCCGCAAGCUACCAUUCAAACAGGUUGCAAAGCCAGGAUGACUACGUCUGCAAAUGCAUGUGGAAUAUGUAAAAUUAACAUAGUGAAUUUCAUUCAAAAUCAUAAAACAAGUCCUUCACAAUCUAGGUUAUAUCAUUGCAACCGAGAAUUGAGUGCCCAUGUUAAAAGACGACUUGAAGUGAAUGAUAUGGCAGAUUUCGACGAUGAGUUGCGGCACAAAAAUAUUUUCUUGGCAUAUAAUAGGAGUAGGGAAGCAUAUAAGGAGUUCGAUGAUGUUGUAACAUUUAACACCACAUACCUAACUAAUAAGUACGACAUGCCGUUUACUCCUUUUGUUGGAGUCAAUCAUCAUGGACAAUCAAUACUCCUUGGUUGUAGUUUGGUGUCGAAUGAAAAUACAGAAACAUUUGUGUGGCUUUUCAAAACCUGGCUUCAGUGUAUGCAUGGCCAAGCUCCUAUUGGGAUUAUUACCGAUCAAGACAGGGCCAUGUAG